AUGAAGCGUAGAGGAAAUCGAGCGAGUUUGGUUUUACCAAAGGCCAAAGUGCUACUAUGCGAGCCUCCAAAGCCGAGGCCGAAAGUGGUAAUACCACCCGCCGCAGCAUCUACUGCGAUGAAGACAGCGCCAGCAGUGAAGACGAAUAAAACUGCUGGCGCUCCUACAACGAUGAAGACAACAUCAACGUUGAGGAAGGCAGCUCCUACCAUAACUACAGCCAUGAAGACAGACGCAACUACGUCAGCAAUGAAGAAAACUACUACUGCCACAACUACAAGCUGCGUGAAGACAGCUCCUACCACUACGUCUAUAACCAUGAAAACAGCUCUCCCGUCAGCAAUGAAAGCAGCUACUUCUACAACAACUUCAACAGCAAUGAAGACAGCAAUGAAGACAGCAAUGAAGACAGCAAUGAAGACAGCUACAAAAUCACCAAUGAAAGCAGCCACUUGCUCUACGACAACUACUACAGCAAUGAAGGCAGGGGCUACAACGUCAGUAAUGAAAACGGCGAUGAAAUCGAUGCAGAAAGAUGCUGAGGCUCCGAAUUCAAAGGCCGCCGUAGCUUCUCCCAGUCGUGCUCACAAUAAACAACAAAAGCCAUCAUCUAUGAAACGAGCUGCCGCUUCCCCCAAAUUAGUUUUGCAUGAUGAGAAUGUUUUUGGUGAUGGCCACGAAGAUUUUCUCACGCUUACAACGUCCAGCUGCAACAAGAAGAGAGCAAAGAAACUGAUCGGCAAGCAGCAGUACCACGUUGGAUCUAAGUUUGCUCCUGCCUCGAGAGCAGUUUCCACGAUAAAGGACCCUUGUUCCGAUUAUGCAUCUCCACAAGUGGGCGCCAAUGUUACGAGCGCCGGUAGCUCGUGUCUUUCUGUUGGAACACCUUUUAGAAGAUAGGAGGCUAUUUCUUGGAACAAGCUAAAAGGAGUUCUCUAAGGAAUGAGCUGUCGGCACCUCUAAGGAUACUAAAUGGGAGAAGCUGAAGGAGAAGCAGAACGCUGAUGCAGUGAGUAGCAAGCAGAAAGAAACCAACAAGAAGAUGAAUCAUCCUCCUGGUGUUGGUGUUGCAGCAGGUGGAAAGCAAAUGGAGAAUGCAGAUGAGGAUGGUCGUUUUGGUGGUGUUGGGAAGACCGAUAGUAAAGACGACGAGAACCAAGACCCAUCUUCUUCUUCUUCUUCUUCUUCUUCUUCUGACGCAGAUAAGAGCAAGCAGAACGAAGCUGAUGGUGAAGAGAUGAAGCCUACUCUAGUCUCCAUUGCGCGACUGCCUGCAUUUCGAGCCUUAGCCGAGCUUCAGUAUCCGGAGAGAGCUGCGGAUCGUACGCUGACGGAAAUCACCAGCAGAGUGUUGAUUUGGUCCAAGGUAGCAGAUCAAGCACGCCUAGAGAGGCAGGUCUUAGCCAACAAGUUCUCUUAAGGGUUUCUGUAACAUGCUUCACCAGCAUCCUCGGAUCUUUUCCAAGUGAAAAAAUUAGCCAAGUACUAGAUGAACGAUGCAAUGAAGCAUGCCAAUUGGCAACCUCUAAACCUCAGCUCCACACAAUAGCAUCUUUGCACCCUGGGCACAGGAUGUUAGUACUAAGUUAGACUCGCUGCAAAUUUGGCAAAAUUAAGGCUGCUAUCUUUUGAUGCAUACUCAGUGCCAUCCCUGCCACUUUUUCUACUUGAGUUUGAAACUCGAGGCAGGGUAGAUACUCUCGGGGAUGCGAAGAGUCUUGUUCUAAUUUCAAAGGUACCGCAAACGGAAAAGAGAACUAGAAGAGAAAGAGAAAGCUGCAGGCCAGGGAGCGGACGACGAUCGACAGGAAAUCAAUAACAAAGAAGCGUCUUCAUCAAAGCGCCCAGCACCAGCAUCUUCUUCGAAAAAGCCCGCAGGUAUUUCCGCACCGGAAAAAAAGCGGCAUAAGAAAAAGUACUUAUGUUUGUUCUUCUGUUUACGUUUAGGUAGCCCGGUUUUUUAUUACUGUGUCUGAUUCUUGUGCUAUUAAAGCACUACUUUACUUUUUCUCUGUCUUUAUUAUUGUGUAGCAUUCUUCUGCUCCAUUCAUUUUUCACUGCGUCAACCAGCGAUCACUUACGACGCACACACAUUUCAGAUGA